AUGUCAUCUAUUAAUCUCCCUCCUAUCAGCCCAGCUUUGGGCCUAAACACCGCAUUCUGCCGCCCGACGCAAACAACCUUGGUGCUUAAAGAGAAAGUUUGGUCCCUCUCAGGAGACAGCUUCCGUAUCGUCGACGAGAAUGGAAUUGAAGUAGUCCAAUGCCGGGGACAAGUCUUCUCCCUCUCUAGCCGUAAAGAAUUCGCCGACGCCACGGGAAAAUUACUUUUUCAUUUGCGACAAGAGCUGUUCACUAUCAGAAAAUGCUUCUAUGGCGAAACUGUAACCGGGCAGAUACUUUUUCAGGUUAAGUCGAAGAUCACAUUUUUCAACUCCAAAAUGGUUACAACGUUCACCAACGCUUCCGACCGUAGGCCCAUUGAACUCCUUGUUAAAGGCGACUGGUUGGAUCGCAAAGCUACCAUUACGAUGGGCAACACGGUCGUGGCGCAAAUCUCGAGGAAGUUUUUCAAUGCUAGAGAAAUAUUUGCAGAUAAGCAGACUUACUUCGUCACCAUCGCGCCCGGAGUAGAUCUCGCCUUGAUAGCCGCACUCUGCGUGUGCCUGGAUGAGAAGGAAAACGAUUAA